AUGGAACAGAAGCAGGACUUGUCCUGUGAGGGCUACAUCCAUGAUGGUAUUGACUGGCGAAAUCUGCGGCGGCGCUUUGAGAUCUAUGCAGAUAAGUAUCUGGAUCGGCCGCAACUUCUGGCAGAGGAGUUUGAGAUGGCAAAGAACUAUGCCUUCAGCUACUCUCCAGAGAACAGUUGCAUUUUGGGAGACCUGUCCUUGAGGUUCUUCCUCUGUCUGUGGCUGCGGAGCUGGCAGAGUGUCGAGGGCUCCAAGGGGAUGCUCGCCGAGAUCAUGGAGGAGACUUGGAAGUGGUUCUGGGAUUUGCCACAGACCUGGCAGGAUAGUGCAGGUCAUGGUCCCAAGCACAAGAAGAAGCGUGUGGCGCGCUCAUUGUUCGUUCGUUGGCCCUCCGGGCCACUGAGAGACGGAUCUUCAAAGUAA